AUGGCUUUUACUUAUGCUAAUUCUAGUAUUGAGUAUUGGAGUAGAAACACAGCAGCUUCUGAUGUGUUGAAGAUUUAUGAAAGUGAGAAGCAGAAACUUAGGAAAAUCUUAAAUGAUUUUCCUGGAAGGGUUUCUUUGACAACAGAUCUCUGGAGGGCUAUUACUAUCGAAGGAUAUCUCUGCUUGACUGCGCAUUACAUAGAUGUUGAUUGGAAUUUGCAAGCUAAAAUAUUGGCUUUCACCGCUUUUCCUCCGCCUCAUUCUGGAAUAGCCAUUGCUAUGAAGCUGGUUGAGCUGCUGAAGGAGUGGGGACUGGAAAAGAAGGUCUUCUGUCUCACUGUAGACAACGCCUCUUCGAAUGAUAGCAUGCAGAGUAUCAUGAAGAGACAGAUGCAGAAUGUUUCAAAACUGUGUUUGGGAACCGAGGUCGAGGGUGAUGAAGGUCUGGUCUUAGAUGUAAGCACACGCUGGAAUUCUACUUUCCUUAUGCUUUCUAGAGCUAUCAAGUUCAAAGCUGCACUAGGUAACUUGGCGGAUGUAGAACCGAGUUAUGUGAGCUGUCCCUCUUAUUCUGAGUGGAGGAGAGUAGAAGUGAUAUGCGAGUUGUUGAAGCCAUUUUCUGAGAUUACAAAUUUGAUUUCGGGUUCCUCAUACCCAACAUCAAAUUUGUAUUUCAAUGAAAUUUGGAAGAUUGAGUGUUGGUUGAGAGCUCAUGCAAAUUAUUCUGAUCCUGUUAUUUGUGAAAUGGUGAAGUGUAUGAAGCUCAAGUUUGAGAAAUACUGGGAAGAAUACAACGACAUCCUUGCAGUUGCUGCAGUUUUGGAUCCAAGACUGAAAUUUCACUUCUUAGAAUAUUGUUUCUCGGUUUUGGAUCAGUCUACUUGUAAGAGAAGGUUGGCUAAUGUUCGUUCAAAGAUCUAUAAACUGUUUGGAGCUUACAAAAAAAACCAGAGAAUCAGUAGUGCUGCAACAACUUCGCAAGGAGAAAUACCCGAUGUUCCUGCCGGUUAUGGGGGCUUCUACGCCUUCUUUUCUCAGAAAGCUGUUGGCAGUGGCAAGUCUGCUCUCGACAUAUAUCUAGAUGAGCCAUUGCUUGACAUGGCCGCUUACAAGAAACUGAAUGUGUUACAUUACUGGAGAGACAACUCAGCUCGGUUCAAAGAGUUGGCAACAAUGGCACGAGAGGUUCUGAGUAUACCCAUAACAACUGUUGCUUCAGAAUCAUCUUUUAGCAUUGGUAGUAGAGUCCUUAACAAGUACAGAAGCUGUCUUCUACCUACUAAUGUCCAAGCCUUGGUCUGUACAAGAAAUUGGUUAAAAGGGUUUCCUGAAAUGGGUUAG